GGUGAAUUCAACCUUCUGUUCAAUUCUUCUACUGAAAAAAAACUAGAAUCGUCUUGAAGUUCUGUUUCUGUAUCCUCAGAAUUGGAAUUACCUUUGAUAUUUUGACUUUUCCGCAUACCCACGAUCCAAGGAGUGUAUGGUAAUAGAAAAGUCUUGGUUGAGGAUGAAUAGAUCAAGACCAAUCCGUCCUCGAUAUGUAAAAAAAGUUUUUUAUUUAUAAAACAAAUCUAAUUGAAGAAAAACAGUUGAAAUCGACUCAAAAUGAAUUGAACUGUAGCUUUAGCGUUUUUGUUUUCACUUGAGAGGUACAAUUCAGUUUUCAAUACGAAGGAGACGAUUUUAAGCGAGAAUCAACAAAAUGUGAAAAAUAUUGGAACUAAUUAAGAACAGAAUGGUAUACAAUGUCUGUGAAAUGGAUCAUUCCAUGUCGCAUCCAGCGACUGUAAAGUACCUUCACAGGAAGAGAAGGGUCAAUGGCUGGAAAAGAAUAAAAAUCGAAUUUGUUAUAAAAAGAUCUUUAUCUUUGCUCUAUGAAAGGAUUGCUCUUCAACGAAGUAAACGAGAUCUGACUAGAUGAGUCACUUUUCGACUCUAGGAUUUACCAUACCAUGCAAAGCGAAUUCGAAAGCUCAGUUAGCUUUAGGAUGCGAGAGCUUUUUUACUUGUUUAAGGAGGAUUGCUACAUGGACAUUUUUCUACUAGAAAGAAAAAUAUAAAAUUCAUGAACCAAUUGCUACCAUUCCUCUUUCAGAUGCUUAAAAAUAAACGAAAGCAACAUAUUCUUCCAAAGUAUGAUCAGAAUUCAUACUGAAGAACCUUUCUCACAAAAAUCGCUGUAAAGAUGAAACCCAAGCACUCCCUUUCUUGAAAAGACAAAGCUGACAUUGGUCCAACCAAAGGAAAAAAUCGCAUUUGAUUUAUGGUUCUCAGGCUUAGAGUUUCAAUCAGAAUACAGGGAUUUGUUUGUGCUUUGUCAACGACGCUUUCAGUUAUUAAAUUACGAGAAAUAGCAGAUUUCAGACUUUACUUUGUACAAACAAGUUACAAAACUAAUCAACCUUAAGAAGAAAAUUAACCACAAAAUACUCGCUGUUCACAAACGUCCGUCAUAACGCCCUUAGAUCUUUUGUUUACAUCCCAUUUCACUAUGAAAUCUGACGAGAAAAAAGUGGCUUCCCUGAACUUCAGCCCCCUGGAACACAAAACCAAAAGAUUAAUUUUGUCAUAGUAGAAAUCUCACACAUUAUGAGAAUGUUUAUCCAGUGGAAGUUGUAAGUACAACAAUUUACAGGAUUAUUUGUGACAGAUAUCUAUUGGAUUAUUAGGAGCACGGGCUUGCAAUUAAUUAGAAGUCUCUGAAUUAUAAGCUUCUACAGCAUCAUGGAGAUGCUUUAUCUUAAACUGAUUAAAUUCUUCCAUAUCUUUCAAGUCUAGAUCACUGGCAGCAGCUUCUUUAAUGGCACUUUCCACAUCCCAUCCUCUACAGACAUCCACAGGGUUACCGCUACAGUUUGAAAAGUUCGUCACACCUUGUUUCGUACCCCAGAUCUUCCCGGUACCAUCUAUGUGGUAUAAGGUGUCACCGACAGGGUAGAUACAGCUGGCACCUACACCAUAGGAAGCUUGUUCUAGCGUCAAUUCUGGAUCCAUUUCCACACCUAUUGUUACAUAUUCAGCUAGUUUUGGAUCAAUUUGAGAUAGUUUUAAAUUGGCGACAUCUGCAUACUUUGCCAUAACCAUAUUGAUGAAAGGUAUUAAAAGAAAGAUUAUCAUAAAAAAUUACGUUUAAUUGAUAUGUUUUAAUAAAGCCAACAUUUAUUCCUGAAUUGGUUUAGCAUUGCUCAUUGCGAAUUCAAGUCACAGCUUUGGCUGUUACUUCUCUAAGACACUGGGAUUUAGCAUACAUCGCGUUUCUUCGUUUUUCCAAAAAGCUUCAUAAAUUCGAAUUUAAAACUCCUCUAUAAUGUUAUUUUAUUCCUUUUUUAAGACUUUAAUUGAUACGGAGGUUACUGUCGAGCUCAAGAAUGAUAUGAGUAUUCGGGGAAUCUUGAAGUCCGUAGACCAAUUCUUGAAUGUUAAACUAGAAAAUAUUUCUGUCGUGGAAUCUGAGAAAUAUCCUCACAUGGCUGCAGUCAAGGAUUUAUUUAUUAGAGGAAGUGUUGUUCGCUAUGUGCACAUGUCUAGUGCUUAUGUAGACACAAUUUUACUAGCAGAUGCAUGUCGUAGGGAUUUGGUGAACAACAAGAGACAAUAAGUUUAAACAAUUUCCCUUAAAUGCGUGUUCUUAACAAAUCUAUCGUUUGGCUUUAUCUUCUGUUUCUUUCUUAGCGAAAAGCGAAAUGCAAGAUAUAUUUGUUAAUAGCAAGAAAAAAAAAACUUUUACCGAUAUAGUUGCAUCGUUUGAGGCUUGGAUCUAUCCCUAUUUAGAAAAAAAGGGCGUUUUUUCCGUACAUAAUAUUCUUCAGAAAGGCAAAAAUAGAAAAGAUGCGAUGCAAGUGCUUGUAAACAUUUUCUAACCUGUUUCUCUUGUGCAGGGGUCUUUUUUUUUGUAUUAUUUUUUAUGAUGAGUUUCAUCUUUAUGAAUGAAAACUAGAUUUCAAUAAUAAUAUCUGGAAUUUGGAAUGUGCACAUGUUGGUAGAAUUACUUUCUCAAUUCUUUAACGAUCCUUCUCAACUUGAA